AUGUGUAUCUGUCGUUUGAAGUUGUUUUCCAGACUCCUGGCAGUGUUCACGUCUCAACUGAUGACUUGCAUUGGGUACCCAACACAUGUGCCAAUCACAGUUUGCGAAAGCCUUUUUGCGUACCAUUUUACUCAGCCACCCCCGGCCUUACCCACUCCCCCUCAACCGCCCAACACAAAUCCAUACAGAAUCCACGUGAGUAAUGAUAGCUAUACACGAGAUGGUCAGCUGACUGUAACGGUAAAUGGUACCAAGGGUUUUAAGGGGUUCAUACUUCAGGCGCGUGCUGCAGGGGAUUCAAGACCUGCUGGUACCUUUCAGGGGAACCUGUCCCCGAACCAAACCUAUAUGUGGUGUUCCGGUGGAGAGCCACAGAACACAGUGACACACCAACGUUCCAGACCACCACAGAUUACCGCCUUUUAUACGCUUGAAUUUACCUGGAAAGCACCAGCAGAGAGCGUUGGAAAUAUCACAUUUUGGGGCACCUUCGUCGAAAAUUACACCAGUUUUUGGGUUGGUGUUCAGUCUGUGACUGUCAGUGGCCCUGCAUUGGACCCACAACAGCCACCAGUGAUACAGCCUGGCUUUGAGAUAACGAAAAAUGGUUGCGGCAGCCAAAAAGGUUGUUAUUCUGAGCCCACAGACUGCACAGAUAGUUCAAACUGCGAAUUCUUGGUCACCUAUGAAACAAAAGGAGAAAAUGUUACAUUUGAGAUGAGUGGAAAACAUGGCUACGUUUCUAUCGGAUUCAAUUCCAAGCAGAAAAUGGACCAAACGGACUCCAUUACUUGUUCAACUUCAUCCAAUAACGCUGUAGAAAUUAGACACUAUCACUUAGAUUACAAUCAGCCAAUCAGGACUGACUUGGAAAACUCUACGGACAUAAUUCGCGAUAUGGGAGUGUACGAAAAUGGAACAGUUACUUGCAAGUUUGUUCGCAAAAUUUCACCCACUGAUCCAAGGAUGAAAAAUUUAACCAAGAGCUGGUUUUUUGUAUUUGCUUGGGGUAAAGUCAGUAACACAGGAGCUCUUUCGUAUCAUAGAGAAAAUGCGACAUUUUCCCUAGAACUGGUGAAUGUUACCCAACCUGCCGUGCUGAAAAACGGGCGUAAAACAGCACCAGCACCCACCCCCGAAGGUGAACUUGAGUUUUUAACUUCUCAAUGUGGCCAAACAAAGAGUUGUUACUCGGAGCCCACAGACUGUACAUCUAGCAGCACCUGUGACUAUCUUGUCACAUUCGAACCUUGCGAAGACAAGAAUGACGUCAAAUUUGAGUUAAGUGCGAAGACUGGUUGGGUCGCCAUCGGAUUCAACAAAGAGAGCAAAAUGGACGGUACAGAUACUAUUAUCUGCUCUCGCUUAAAUGAUGACACUGUAGCCACGGAGCACUAUAGCCUGACUGGCCAUGACAACCCAGUUCAAACCAAACCGACUCCUGCAGGCCUUAUGGUGAUCUCUGGUGCGUAUGAAGACGGAGUCAUUAAGUGUAGAUUUUCUCGAAAUAAAACAGCAAAUGGCAUGUUAGGAUUGGACCAAGAAGUGUUCUUAAUUUACGCUCGUGGUGAUGUGAAUGGUGGUAUACUUAUCCGGCACACUCACAGGUCACCCAGCACAAGUAAAGUCGAUGUUUGUAAACUGAACACCGCGCUCGAGAGUAAGACUACGGACAACAAGCUACUGAAAGCUCACGGCUCGCUAAUGGUGGUGGCCUGGGUUGGGUUUGCAACUCUGGCUAUGUUUGCCGCGCGUUAUAUGAAGGACGCCUGGGGAAAACUAUUUGGACUUAAGAAGUGGUUCCAGGUUCACAGGGCACUGACUGUAAGCUGUUUGAUUUUCACUCUAGUCGGUUUUGUGCUGGUUUUUGCUCACGUCGAAGGCUGGUCUGAAGCAGAUGUGGCACACUCUGUACUAGGGGUCAUUAUCACUCUUCUUGUCUGUGCACAGCCCAUUAUGGCGCUCAUGAGGCCUAAACCAGCAACUGAGAAUCGAUGGAUUUUCAACUGGUGCCAUCGUAGUGUUGGCAUCUCUGCAUUUAUUCUUGCGGUGGCCAACAUAUUCCUCGGCCUUCGCCUGCCUCAUUUAAACGCUGAAGUCGGAGUUUAUCUCAUGACCUUUUUCUGCGUCGGCCUGGUAGCAGUUGUUGCACUUGAGAGCUACAUUAGGUGCCAAAAGAGUAAGAAAGGACUACUUUACAUGACCUUUGGAUUCCUCGUUGUCCUAACCAGUACUGUUUGUUUUGCCCUGCUUCUUUUCAUUACCAUGGCAACUUGA